ACUUAAGUAUGGUAGCACUCUAACAGUAACAUAUGUUUAUAAAAAGUGCUCAAAUUUCAUCUAUACGAAUAAAUAAUAUGCCAAGUUGAUAAACGUAUUUUUUAAAAAAUAAAGAAAAUAAUACAAUAAAAUGACUCCCAAUCUUGGUGGUUGGAUUCAUAGCUUCACAGUUACUGACACGCUAACACAUAAAGCCGGUUAUACUAUAUACAAAAUUACUUCAAUCGUAUUUCCAAGGACUCUACCUCAAGCUCUAACCUGCUUAACAAUUUGGAAACGUUUUCAUGAUAUAAAACGUUUACAUCGAGAGUUAUCACGUCGUCACCGUAGUCUCAAAUUGCCAGGACAACUUCCUGAGCCUACAGAUUGUAGUUUUUUCAAACGGUUCGACGCAAACGUUAUAUGCCGGCGAAAGGAAUACAUAUUGCAACUACUGGAUUUCGCUGCUCAGCACCCGGCGCUCUACAAAUGUCACGCAUUUACACAGUUCUUUAGCGAAGCACAACAAACUGUAGUGGGAGGAGUUGUAAACAGUUGUUUAAAUAACUUAACUGCUACAACCAAGGCAUCACCAUUGCAUCAAUUGUAUACCGAAGAGGGUCUUAAAGGAGGGGCGAUAGCUGAAAUAUGUGAUAAACUUGAUUUACUUUACGACCCUUAUGAUAUAGACGUUAGCACUGCCUCACUUGAUCCCUUUAACACAAAAUCAGAAAAUACAAAAGAACAGAACACUUUCGGCGUAAAACCAUAUUUAUAUGAUAAUGUUAGUAACUCAUUGCCAUUAGAAUUAGAAAACGAGAGAAAACCAAUAUUAAACGAUCAUGCCGGCCUGGAGGAGACGCCUUGCAAAGAUUACAAGCGUUUCCUGACACCUAUGGCUUCAAUUGAAAGUGAAGACAGCGACUAUAUUUAUGAAGCAGCAUUGGAAUUUAGUAAAGCAGUUCAAGCUGAAGCAAAUUUAGAAUUUCAGGAGGCUCAUGCGCGUUAUAAACGUGGCGUUGAAGUAUUAUUGAUUGGAUCUAAAGAUGAUACUAAUGAUGAGCGUAAAUUCAUUGCAAAAGCUAAAAUUUCGAAAUAUCUUGCACGAGCAGACGACAUAUAUGAGAAAAUUUUGACUAAUAAUUCCAAAGUGGGAGGUUGCCAGGGUACAAGAAAUUUUCAGUUAUCGAUCGAUGUAACAGAGUGCACAGUUGAUGGAAAACUUUCUGUAUAUCUCGAACGUCCAUGGAACCACUUGGCCAAAUAUAAAGUCUUGAAAAUUCUAGGAGAGAGUGUAAUGCAGGUUUAUUGCGUCACUGAACCUGAACCACGAUCAACAUAUGUGAUGAAAGGUAUUGAAAAACCAUCCAGCAAUGUUCCUACACAAACCGUUUUUUUGCCACAACAUGUACCUUUUAUGGUAAAUCUAUUGGCAUUCUUCCAGUCAGAACAGAAAAUCUUCUUGCUAUUAAAGCAUGCGGAAGGUGGGCGUCUGUAUGACUAUGUGCGAUCAUAUACACCGACGGUAGCGUCGAGAGGAAGUAAUUAUUUCUCUGUUUUAUUUCCGGAAGAUGUGGAUUCUCAAACAUCAAAUAUCACUAAUGCUUCGCAAGUUGUGGCGGAAAGCUUUUGUAGCGACAAUAACGGUUAUGUAGAAGAUACUAGUUCAGCUAAACCGAAUGAUGAACUCUUAGUGCCUUCAAAAUCUGAGGAAUUUAGAGAAUUAGUGCGCUCGUCCCAUGCACUGCUACAAUCAGUGUCCAAAACAUUGAAUCAGAUAAAGCAAUUGGAAGACAUAGGAAAGGAAUCGGAUAAAGUGGCUAGUACAUGCUUUCACAAUUUAGAAUGCCAAUCAUCUCCGCUCAUGAAUAAAAGUAUUAUUAAACACUCGAAAAUUCCAGAAGCUAGUUUAAAGCAAUGGACUCGGGAGUUAGCGGUUGCUAUACACAGCUUGCAUGGAAAAGGUGUCAUAUUGAGCGAUCUUCACAUGGAUAAUUUGCUGCUAGGUUCAAAAGGUCAAUUAUUACUAACAUAUUUUUAUCAAAAUGAAGGGCUCAGUGAUUCCGAUAAUUAUAUGCACAAGGCUUACAGUCAGUCAGCAUUAGAUGGUCACUACGUUGCCCCUGAACGCCCACUCACAUUCAAAUCGGACUGGUGGAGUUAUGGUAUUAUACUUUACGAAUUACUAAUAGGAAUCUCCUUCAAGUUAGCACAUCCUGGCUGCAUUGAUUUGUACGGCUUUGUACAAUAUCCUGAAAACAUUGAAAUAUCGGAGUGUGCUAAGGAUUUGAUAGAAACGCUCUUGCAACAAACGCCAGAGCACCGUGCAGAUUAUGAACAAAUACAAAAACAUGCAUUCUUUAUCGGUACGGAUUGGGAGACUUUGCAACGCAGUGAUUUGAAUAACAAGAAUAUUAAUAACGACACAUAAACUGAAAUAUAAGCAUAUAAAAAUGAUAAUACAAAUACAGGCAUAUAUACUCGUAUGUAAGGUUAUAUAAUUUUUGUUGCAUUCUGUGUCAAUUACAGAGUAGUUGCUGCCGCAAAGUAACUACCUAAAGAUAUUCUUCUUAUCUAAACCAGUUUUCUUUCAAUGAGUUCUGCUAUUUUUCCAGCAAUUGAGUGAGAGUAGUUUCCGUAGAUAUUAUCAGCUAAAAUUAUUGAAAUACCAUUUCUUUGGAUAAACUGUGACUAUUUGUUAAAGAAAUACAAUUUUAGCAAUGUUUUUUUUUUAUUUAUUUUUGGUGAAAAUGUUCUAAAUAAAUUUUUAUCUAUUCGUUCCUUAUUAAACUAGAAAAGUACUAGAAAGUACAAACAAAUUAAAAUUAAAAGUGUUAACCGAAAGGAAUGUUUUUUGUUAUUAAAAAUUCUUAUAAUAUUUAAAAACCCUAAAUAUUUAUGGCAUACAAAUUACUUAAAAAAUAAUGUAAUUAUUAUUAUUCCAAAAAACGAGUAAAAUUUAACUUAAUUUCUCUAAAUAUACGAGUAUUGUGUGUAGAAAAACUAAAUUGUUUCAACGUUUUAUAAAUUGUACAAUUUAUAUUAUAUACAUUAAAGUAUUGUCAAUUUCACAACAGUUUGCGUUUAAAUAUUUAAAAUAAAGUAUGCUUCAUAUAUGCAUAGUGUAUAUAACUACAACAAUUCUUGUGAGUUGUUUGGAAUUAUUACAUCAGUAAUAUAUUCUAAGCUAUUUUUUAAUACAAAAAUAAGGCACAUACGAAUGCGCUACAACAGGUGAUAUUUCAAAAACCAAGUCAAUUGAAAGUUUGGAUUUUUGUUUCUCACCUUUUCGACUAAUUUCUAAGGUUCCACUACCUAAUAGAUAAUUAUUAGACGAUUAACAACUACCAUAUUAGCUAUAUGAAAAAAUGGCAAGACUAUGGAUUCUGUUGCUUGUAUAUUCACUACAUUUUAAUAACUUAACUUUACUUCCUUCAUACAUAUGUACAUUCUAAAAAACAAUAUAUUUUUAUGUAUAUAUACUUGUAUACAUUUUUAUACAUACAUACUUGUACAUAUUAUUCAUCUUGAACAUAUAAUAUAAAAGUAAAAAGGAACUGAAAUUAUCAAAUUAAAGUGUAUAUAAUAUAUGUAUAUAUAAUUUGAAAUGCUCAUCACCAUAAAUUUCCCAUACACUUGAAGAAAGCUGGCUUUAGAACUUGUUUGUCUCAAUUGCGUUCAAAUUGGUCGCUGAAAACAGCUUCGUGCAUAGCUGGUAUUUCGUUGAUAAUGUCGUCGGCUAGGAAUGUCGUGCAUCGUUGGUCCAGCUGGCGGAAGUGACCAGUGUGUUUGCUGUUGUUGGUGUGGCUGUUUUCGAUGUGAGAGCAUUUCUUUUAGUGCAAAAAAGGCGGCAACACAUAACUAUGAGUCACAUUGGCGCCCUGGCCUGAACCACU